UGCGCUAGGCGCUCCCCGUGCGAACGGCUGCUAACCGGACCGUGUGUCUUUUGAUGGGCGGGGCUGGACAGCCUCGUCCUUCCUGUACUCAGGUGAGGUGUUGACGUCACCUCGAGACAGGUGAGGUGCUGGAGAGGGCAGUGCUGGGUUGUCAAACAUGGCUCCUUCGCCAGUACGUCCGGGCUGGAAAUCGUCACUGGAAUUCUUAUGCUUGUUAUCUUGCAUACUUUAUCCGGCGGUGUCAGGCGUGCCAGAACCGGGAGAAUGGACAAUCACAGUCAACAACACAUCAAGCCGAAUAAUGCUAAGAAAAUCUCUUUUCAACAAUACAGAAAUUAAGCUUAAAAUUUGGCCUUUCAGCUGUCCAGAACCAUUGACAUUUACCAUCAAAUGGCUGCUAAAAUAUUAUCCAUGUCACAAUGAUUAUGGUAACAUUGAGGACGUGUAUGACAAGACGAUGCUAAGUCGUGGAGAAUUACUUGACCCAAACCCUUUAAUUAGAGGAGAAUACAUUGAGCAAACCUAUGAAAACGUGCAAUGCAGUGAUGAAAAGCUUAUGUUUCCAAUACUAAAUAGGAGUACCUUGUUGCCUCGUUCUGUGUUACCACCACUCAUUGAUGAAAAGGAGAAAGAACAUGAAUCGCUAAAUGAUAAAAAUGAACAAAAUCCUUUUGACAUAGUAAAAGAAUCUUCAAGACGUAAAAGGGGAACUUACAAGGAUUUUCAUAGUAAUGUUCGGUAUGAUACCCUGGCAAAAACAUGGAGAGAUGGCCCAUAUCUCUUUCUCCUUUCUUUUAAAGUCCACAAAGAACAAGCGCGUUGGAAUCUUACAGGCAAGUCUUUUGCUGGCUACUUAAAAAAUAUUUCUGAAAUAGGGAGUAUAUCUAGUGCACAUGUUGUCAUGAAGGGAAGUCAUGGAUACAUAUCAGUCACUGAAUGGCCACUUCUAAUUUUUUACAUGGUGAUGUGCAUUGUGUACAUCCUUUAUGGCCUGCUGUGGUUUAUCUGGUCAGCAUGCUACUGGAAAGACCUACUCAGAAUACAGUUCUGGAUUGCUGCUGUAAUUUUUCUGGGAAUGCUGGAGAAAGCUGUGUUUUGUGCGGAAUUUCAAAACAUUAACAUUACCGGAUCAGCCACUAAAGGUUUGUUGAUUUUUGCUGAGCUGAUUUCUUCCCUGAAGAGAACCAUUGCUCGACUGCUUGUCAUCAUUGUUAGCUUAGGAUAUGGAAUAGUCAAACCUCGAUUAGGGAUGGUUAUGCACAGAGUUGUUGGAUUGGGGGUCCUAUAUUUUGUCUUUGCAGCUGUGGAAGGAAUAUUAAGAAUAAAUGGGGGUCGUGAUAACCCUGGAGCUCUGAUAGCUGAUAUUGUGUUAGCGAUCAUUGAUUCCUGCUUUUUGUGGUUCAUAUUUGUCAGCCUGGCUCAAACUGUUAAAAUUUUAAAGCUUAGAAGAAAUCAAAUAAAACUCUCUCUUUAUCGACACUUUACAAACACUUUAAUUUUUGCAAUCCUAGCCUCUUUAGUAUUUAUGGUUUGGACAGCAAAGAAUUUCCAGUUAGCAGUGUGCCAGUCUGACUGGAUGGAGCUGUGGGUGGACGAUGCUUUCUGGAGAUUUUUAUUUUCAAUUAUUCUUUUGGUGAUUAUGUUUCUGUGGAGACCUUCCACUAACAAUCAAAGGUAUGCCUUCACACCCCUGAUUGAUGACUCUGAUGAUGAAGAAAUUGAAGAAUUUUCUGUAUCAGAAAAUCUAGCUGAUGGUAUUAAAUUAAGAUCAUCAAAAUCCGAAAGCAAUGGAAGAGCAAAACCAGUAGAUGGCGCGAUGGAUGAAGAUCUAAAGUGGGUUGAAGACAACAUUCCCUCUCUGUCAGAUGUAGCACUUCCUGCUCUUCUGGAUUCCGAUGAGGAAAUAAUGGUAACAAAGUACGAGAUGUCAAAGAUGGAGUGAGUGAAUGAAGGACCUUCGACUUGGUGUCUGUGAAGGACUGUUGUGAAAUAUGCAAAUGACUCUGUGUUCAUGCGGACACAGUCUCCGUAGGACUGAAUUCCUCCUAAGGAUGGAACAAAGGAUCUUUUUCAUUUUUGUGUUGUCUAACAACAACUAAAAAAAAAAAACACCUCUCCUUGAAUAAAAUACAUUGUGAAGCACUUGCAGUUUGGCCACUAGCUCGGUGUUGUCCUGCCUAAUUUUAUUACAUGGUAAAAUACUGAAUAUGCAAUUUAAAACUUUCUUUCAUUCCAGCGACGAUAUUACCGAUGUGUAUAUUCGCCUCUUUCAACCAAAAAUUCAGUGAAAGCUUUAGCCUUAAUUUUCAUGGCAAUGUGCUUCCUGAUGCCACAGUUUUUAAAAUACUCACCUCGUAUGUUUGGCAAGCGAGUUUUCAGAAAUGGAGGCAAACUUGUUUUUUUCUUCUCCUGCAUCAGAUUUGAUAGAUCAGUUUUAGGGUCACAGCUACUGCGUUUUAAGCCUAAAUAAAGCAAUAAUUGAUAUUUUCCUGCACUAACUCUUCAUGUGUAUAUUGGACUGAUUUUAGAUAUUAAUUAGGAAACAAGGCAGCCCUUGCGAUUGCUGAUUAUGUGAAAAGUAAGGAGAUGUCCUUGAAGUAGCAGUUGGGCCUAAACAGAUUUGCACCUCAAGAUGAAGGAAGGUAGUAUCUUCUACAAAACGUCAUUUCUACUACGGUCAGAUAUCUUUUGAGUUAAACUGAUUAAAUGUCUUUUUCAAAGGAAUUUGUUCUUUAAUUAUUCAAUCAAAGUUAAUGCAAAGUUAUGGUAAUUUCUUUUUUUGUUUAUUUGGUUUGUUAAAACAGUAACCAAAAAUAAAGAGUAAGGAAUUCCGUUUUUUAUAUACGUUCGAAGUUAACAAAAUAUACAGAGUUGUUCUGGUUGAAUUAAUCAGCAGCAUACAGAUUGUGUUUUGUAAAUGCGUAUUUAUGUGAGCUUUUACUGACAAGUUUACAGUCGCUUUUUUUUUUUAAUUUAUGGUAUUUGUCACUUAUGCCUACACUCUGCUGUUUAUGUUUAAUGAACAACUGAAAAUUAAGUGUUUUUUUUUUUUGUUUUUUUGUUUUUUAACUUAUUUAUAUUAUGUCCUCAGGAUUUGAGAAUUUCUCCUUUUUUGCCUUAUGUGAGAAGGUUUGUGUUUUAAAUCGCUGUAUACAUAUUGAAAGCAAUAUAAUACGUUUGUGUAAGGGAGAAUUAUUGAUGGUCUGUGUUCAAAAGAUUUUAUUUCUGUAUACCUGAAUCAGUAUUGAAGUUAAGGAUUUUUUUUUUUUUUUUUAAAGGGUGUUUCAUUAAAAGUGUGUGUGAAGGUGGCUGAUGUCUGUCUGCCCAGUCCUUCCUGCGCCUCGGACUGUUCUGGCAGCUCCUGUCGGUCUCCGUUGCAAGGCCCUUCCUUCUCUUAAACCACUUCUUGGCUUUUUUUUUUCCUGUAAAGCGUUCUUGUUGCAAGGAUUCAAAUUAGAAGAGCACAAGUUAAUAUGUAUAAAAAAAAAAAUCUAUAGAUUUCUAAAAUUUGGUUUGAGCCCACCAGAUCUAAAAAAAAAAAAAAAA